CUGCGGAAGCAACAAAACUAACCAAUCCCCGCGCAGGAGAGCGCGAGAUGAUCAGAUUAAGGACACGAGCAAUGCUCCACACACCCCUCGUCCCCUCCGCAGGCGCCAGGCGGCACUAAGAUAAACCAAACCCAUUCUCUCUCUCUCUCUCUGUGAUAUGAAGUAUAUGCUUUCGGCAUCUCCGUCUUAUCCCACCAUUCAUUUUUUUUCAAAAUCUCUAUCUCUAUAUCACUCUCUCGCCUUCUUUCUCUCUGAUGAAUGAAGAAUGGCGCUGAACUUAGCUCCUAUUGUGCAACAGAACCAGCGCUUCCUCUUCUCUUUCAGCUCCAAAGCUUCUACUAAUUCUCAAUUUUGUUUCGACCUCAAGAAAUCUCUUUUCCCUCUCUCUUUCUCUUCCUCUCCAUCGUUGUCUUCGUCUUCAGCGUCGCAUAGUCAUGUCACGUGCGUCUCCACCUCCCCGGUAGAGUACGCGCCUCCAGCGCCGGAAUUCGAUUUCCACCAAGAAGUCGCUCGCCUCAAGCGCCUCCGGUCCAAACUCUCCGACUCGACAAGCCUCAGGGAGAAGCACGCGGUGGUUGACGGAGACGCGAGAGUGAAGCGGUUCUUCGAUUCUAUCAAGAAGGGUGGGUUCUCCAGGGUUCUGUUGGCGUCGCUGAAUUUGGACUCGUACGAGUUGUUUCUGGUGAAGUGUUUGGUCGCGGCGGGGCAGGAGCACGUGCUCGGGUUCGGGUUCGAGUUCGAGCCGCUAGAGAGCGAGUUGGAGUCGGCUCGGAGUUCGCUGAAGAGCGCGUUCUAUGCGCUGGUGGAGAUGACUGAGAAGCUGGACGUGGACGGUGGUGGUGGCAAUGGCAGUGGGCGUUUGGGGAAGAAGAGUGGUUUCGGUUUGGAAGAUGAAGAAAUUAGAGAGUUUAAGAAGCUCUUGAAGACUCUGGGGGAGAUUGAACAGUUCUAUAAUUGCAUUGGAGGGAUUAUAGGAUAUCAGAUUAUGGUGCUAGAGCUUCUUGCCCGAGCAACAUGUGAAAGGCAGACUACAAACUGGUCUAAUAAAUUAAUGGAUUGCCAAUUUUUGGAAAUUCAAGUUCCUAGUGGACUUGACCUUUCUCAGAAUACAGAAUACGCAUCUCAAGCUGCUAUUUGGGGAAUUGAGGGUUUGUCAGACCUAGGUGAAAUUUAUCCUCUGGGAGGCUCCGCGGACAGGCUUGGUUUGGUUGAUCCUGACACAGGUGAAUGUCUUCCUGCUGCAAUGCUUCCUUAUUGUGGACGGACUUUAUUGGAAGGUCUUAUAAGAGAUCUUCAGGCUAGAGAGUUUUUGCACUUCAAGAUAUAUGGAAAACAAUGCAUCACCCCUGUUGCAAUCAUGACAAGUUCUGCAAAGAACAACCACAAACGCAUAACUUCUCUUUGUGAGAGACUUGGAUGGUUCGGAAGAGGUCAAUCAAGUUUCCAACUUUUUGAACAGCCUCUCGUUCCAGCUGUUAGUGCGGAAGAUGGGCAAUGGGUGGUUGCUAAACCAUUCGCACCCAUAUGCAAACCCAGUGGCCAUGGUGUGAUAUGGAAGCUUGCUUAUGACAAAGGCAUCUUCAAAUGGUUUUAUGAUCAUGGAAGAAAAGGUGCAACUGUCCGUCAAGUUAGUAAUGUUGUUGCGGCAACAGAUUUGACACUCCUGGCAUUGGCGGGAAUUGGCUUACACCGUGGAAAGAAACUGGGGUUUGCAUCAUGUGAGCGGCAAGUAGGAGCCACAGAAGGAAUUGAUGUUCUAAUCGAGAAGAAAAAUCUUGAUGGGACUUGGGCAUAUGGGUUGUCAUGCAUUGAGUACACAGAGUUUGACAAAUUUGGAAUCACAAAUGGACGUCCUUCUCCCAAAAAUUUGCAGGCAAAGUUCCCUGCCAAUACAAACAUCUUAUAUGUGGAUUUAGCUUCUGCGGAGUUGGUUGGAUCAAGUAAAAAUGAAAACAGUUUGCCAGGCAUGGUGCUAAAUACAAAAAAGCCAAUUGUAUAUGUAGAUCAUUUUGGAAAACGGCAUAGUGUCUCUGGUGGCAGGCUGGAAUGCACAAUGCAGAAUAUUGCAGACAACUUUUUCAAUACAAGUUCUUCCCGUUGUUAUAACAGAGUGGAAGAUAAGCUGGAUACAUUUAUCGUGUAUAAUGAACGAAGAAGGGUUACAUCAUCUGCUAAGAGGAAAAGAAUACAUGCAGACAAGUCUUUACAACAGACCCCAGAUGGUUCACUUUUGGAUAUAUUACGAAAUGCCCAUGAUCUUCUUUCCAACUGUGAUAUUAGACUUCCUGAGAUUAAAGGUAAUGAUGAAUAUGUUGAUUCUGGACCACCAUUUCUCCUCCUUCUGCACCCUGCUCUUGGGCCACUAUGGGAGGUCACAAGACAAAAAUUUCAUGGAGGUUCUAUAUCCGAGGGCUCUGAGCUACAAAUAGAGGUUGCAGAGUUUUUGUGGAGGAAUGUUCAGCUUGAUGGAAGCCUGAUCAUUGUCGCUGAAAAUGUUAUGGGCUCAAUGAAGAUUAAUGAAAAUGAUGAACCUAUCCUACAGUAUGGGCAGAGGUGUGGAAGAUGUAAGUUGCAGAAUGUCAAGGUACUGAAUAAGGGAAUUGACUGGAAUUCUGGAAACAACAUAUACUGGAAGCUUGAUGUGCAGCGGUUUGAGGCAUUUAAGGUCAUACUGCAUGGAAAUGCUGAAUUUGAGGCAACUGAUGUCAUCUUACAGGGAAAUCAUGUAUAUGAAGUUCCAAAUGGCUACAAACUGAAGAUCACACCAGGAAGAUCAGGUUUAUCAGUCCAGCUGCAUCCUAUUGAACAGAAAAUGAUGGACAGCGGAAGCUGGUACUGGAACUAUAAGAUAAAAGGCGUGCACAUUAAUCUGGAAUUGGUAGAGUUAUAGACUACUAACCGGAUACUUUUUAACACCUCGAUGUGAAUCUUGGUUCACAAAUGGUGUUGGAGGACAUCAUAAUAACAUUGACCACUUCGGAUCCGAUUGGUUGAACGGAAGUUAAACCAUAUUCCGUUCAACCAUAUUCCCACAAGAUGUUUCUUGCUGUAAAUUUGUUGCAUUGGAGUCUUGUAAGGGUUCCGGCUGCGGUUCAUGCAACUCUUUUUUUGUUGGAGAUGCUUAUGUCACUGUAAUGUAAAAACAGAUGUUCAAGCAAUUAAAAUUAUAUUGUUUUUUCA